AUGGCUACGAGAGCACACUUUGAAAAGAGUUGCGAGAUUGGAGUAUUUUCUAAAUUAACAAAUACAUACUGUUUGACAGCAAUUGGUGCUUCAGAAAAUUUUUACAGUGUUUUCGAGUCUGAAUUGGCUGAAACCAUUCCGGUAAUACACACAUCUUUAGCUGGAUGCAGGAUCAUAGGGACGCUGUGCGUGGGCAAUCGUCAUGGACUAAUUGUGCCAAGCUCUGCCACUGACCAGGAAUUACAACAUAUUCGAAAUUGUUUGCCAGACGCUGUUAAGGUUCAACGUGUAGAGGAGAGAUUAUCAGCGUUAGGCAACGUAGUAGCUUGUAACGAUUAUGUAGCAUUAGUUCAUCCUGAUCUGGAUGUUGAAACUGAAGAGAUUAUCGCGGAUACAUUACGAGUGGAGGUAUUCCGUCAGACCAUAGCUGGAAAUGUGAUUGUUGGGAAUUAUUGUGCAUUUAAUAAUGCUGGAGGAUUGGUUCAUCCUCGUACAAAUACGAAUGACCUAGAUGAGCUAUCAUCUCUUUUACAAGUUCCGUUAGCGGCUGGUACGGUAAAUAGGGGUAGUGAUGCAAUUGGUGCUGGUUUAGUAGUAAACGAUUGGUGUGCAUUUUGUGGUAUGGAUACUACUUCAACGGAGUUAUCGGUUAUUGAGAGUAUCUUUAAAAUAUCUGGUGCUCAGCCUUCGGCAAUUACGGGACACUUACGAGAUACAUUAGUGGACACGUAA